AUGUCAUUUCGAACAAAACUCAUAAUGGAUAUGGUUAACCAACAAGCAAGCGAUUCUUGUGUGGAUACCGUCGAAUACAUAAUUGGAGAAGAUGGAACUUUGUCUCCGAUUUACACACAAUUGCCUAGUAGUGUAAAUGACCCUAUAUUAAAUAAUAUUAAUAAUGAGGCUCCACAACUGAAUAUUUCUAACAAUUUUAAACAUAUAGAAUUGCCAACAGACUUUAACGAUGCUGAAAGCAUAAACAGUCAACCAGAAACUAUAAUAAUAUUAAAUAAUAAUCUUGAGGCUCCACCACCGAAUAUUCCGACCAGUUUUGACCAUUUAGAUUUGCCGACAGACAUAAACGAUGUUUUUAGCAUAAACAAUGAACUGGAAAACCCAGAGAAUCUAGAAACGGAACAGGACAAGAAUGGCGACUCCGAUAGUAACAUCACGAAUAGUAUGUCAUUUGAACACGACGACUUGGAUGUUUCCUACGUUCCUGAGGAAAACGAAUGUGGUAAUAGCUCUGCAGAUGAAGAUGAUAACAGCGGAAAAAAUCGAGUCUAA